AAAAUAUGAGUUUAUUUAAGAUUUUGCCAUUAUCUUUAACAAAACGCCCCAAAAGAAUAUGGACAUCCUUAUCUACAACACAUUAUAGUUUCCGUUCAAUCAGUUGUACUAACAAACCACACUCCGAAGCCAAAGUCUGUGAAGGAAUUUCAAAAACAUAUCCCGUUGUAGAUCAUGCAUUUGAUGUAGUUAUUGUUGGAGCCGGCGGUGCCGCAUUACGAGCUGCAUUCGGCUUAUUGGAAUUGGGUUUCAAAACAGCAGUUGUUACUAAAAUCUUUCCAACACGUUCGCACACCAUCGCCGCGCAGGGUGGGGUAAAUGCGGCGCUAGGCAAUCAAGGUCUUGACGAUUGGCGAUUUCAUUUUUACGAUACAGUCAAGGGAUCAGAUUGGUUGGGCGAUCAGGAUGCAGCCCAUUAUAUGACACGCGAGGCACCACGUGCCAUUUUAGAGCUUGAAAAUUAUGGAUUGCCUUUUUCACGUACGCCAGACGGGAAGAUAUAUCAGCGACCAUUUGGUGGACAUACUGUGAAUUAUGGCAAGGGAAUGGCUCGACGUGCAUGUGCAUGCGCCGAUCGCAUUGGACACGCCCUUCUGCAUACGCUUUAUGGUCAAUCCCUUGCGUACGAUAUUCACUAUUUCAUAGAGUUCUUUGUAUUGGACCUUAUAUUUGAGAACUUAGCAUGUUGUGGUGUUAUGGCAAUUUGUUUGGAGGAUGGGACUUUACACCGUUUUCGCGCGCUUAACACCAUAAUUGCUACCGGUGGCUACGGACGCACCUUUUUUUCAUGCACUUCCGCACACACCAGCACGGGGGAUGGCAAUGCAAUGGUCGCACGACAAGGUUUACCACUGCAAGAUAUGGAAUUCGUUCAAUUUCAUCCGACUGGUAUGUAUGGUCCUGGUGUACUUGUUACAGAAGGUUGUAGGGGUGAAGGUGGAUACUUGGUGAACUCGAAGGGUGAACGGUUCAUGGAAAAGUAUGCACCGAAAGCAAAAGAUUUAGCACCGCGUGAUAUGGUUGCCCGUUCAAUGACCAUGGAAAUUAUGGAAGGUCGAGGUGUGGGACCUGAAAAAGACCAUAUUCUUUUACAGUUACACCAUUUGCCGAGUGAGAAAAUCCUUACACGAUUGCCGGGUAUUGUAGAAACCGUUCGGAUUUUCACGGGCAUAGAUGUGACAAAGGAACCAAUACCGGUUAUACCAACUGCGCAUUACAAUAUGGGCGGAAUACCAACAAACUAUAGGGGACAAGUAUUAACUAUCGAUACAAAUGGAUGCGACAUUCCGGUUGCUGGAUUAUAUGCGUGCGGUGAAGUUUCCUGCAAUGUUCAUGGUGCAAAUCGUUUGGGUGCAAAUUCACUUUUGGAUCUGGUGAUUUGGGGGCGAUCCUGUGCUUUACAUAUUGCAGAGAAUUGUGUGCCCGGCUGUCCAGCUCCAACUUUGAAGGAUAACGCUGGCGAAAUAUCUGUAGCAAAUAUUGAUAAACUUCUUCAUGCGAAUGGUAGUAUCACCACUGCAUCAUUACGUUUGCAAAUGCAGAAAGCUAUGCAUCACCACGCUGGUGUUUUUCGUAUCGGACCCAAUCUUCAAGAGGGAGUACAAAAAAUGAUUAAUAUAUAUAACGAAUUUAAAAAUAUACGCGUGGUUGAUAGGUCUUUAAUUUGGAAUUCGGACCUCAUCGAAACAUUAGAGUUGCAAAAUUUACUUGUGAAUGCCAUGUGCACCAUGGUGGCUGCUGAAAAUCGCAAAGAAUCGCGUGGCUCUCAUAUGCGUGAAGAUUUUAAACAGCGUAUUGAUGAAUAUGACUACAGCAAGCCCAUAGAUUCCCAGCAAAAGAGCCCAAUUGAAAAACAUUGGCGAAAACACACGCUAACAUGGAUUUGCUGUGAAACUGGCGAAGUAAGAAUUAAAUAUCGCCCCGUCAUCGACACUCCUUUGGACAGCAGCGUAGAGCAUGUGCCGCCUGCUGUGCGCGUAUACUGAUCGUUGGAUUUUGGACUAUUUAUACAUACGUAUUUUAAUCAUUGGUUUUUAACAAAACUGUUUUUACCUGUCAACUUUCUUUCAAUAGGGUUCUCUUUAUAAUACUUAUACGUUUUUGUUUUAACUAUAAAAUAAUAUACAUACGCUUCAACUGAGAAAACAAUUAAAACGGCAUGAACAAAUUUCCAAAGAAGGUUUUAGAACAAAAAAGGAAGUCUGAUACAUAUAUCAAAACUGUAUGAAAUAACUAUAGCGCCAGCAAUAUACGAAAUCAAAUAUUUAUU